AUGAGCAAGAAAGACCUGUCAAGGGCAAAGAUGGAAGAGGAAAUAUCAAGAGCAACAUUGAUCUGGAGAGCUGUCAAAUUACCCAUGUAUACUGUUGCCUUUAUACCCCUCACAGUGGGAACUUCAGCUGCAUAUUUGGAGACAGGCAGUUACUCUAUGGACCGUUAUUUCAUACUCUUGGCUUCUUUUGUUCUUGUCCAUCUCUGGGUCAACCUAAGCAACGAUGUAUAUGAUUAUGAUACAGGAGCUGAUAAGAACAAAAAAGAGUCUGUUGUCAAUAUAGUUGGCAGCCGGAACGCUAUCCAUAUUAUUUCAUGGGUACUACUUGUUAUCGGUUUUGCCGGCCUCUCUUGGGUGGGAUUUGAGGCCAAGAGCCCGCGUGCUAUAAUAUUAAUGGCUUCGGCAGUCUUUUGCUUCUACACUUACCAGUGCCCACCGUAUCGUUUGGGCUAUCAAGGAUUGGGAGAGCCCUUAUGCUUUGUAACAUACGGCCCAUUUUCGACCGUUGCUUUCUAUUUGCUCCAGAGCAGUUCAAGUGAGCUACCUAUAUCUAGAACAGUUAUGAGUGCUGCAAUUCUUGUUGGCUUUACUUCAUCCUUGAUUCUCUUUUGUAGCCAUUUUCAUCAGGUUAAGCUUGGGAGUGAAAAGGGGUCAAAAGUAGUGAAAAUGGCUGUUUUGGGACUCUAUUGGCUUGUAUUAGGUUUAGGAUUGGCUCAAACUCUUCCUUUUGCUUGUGUACUACUUUGUGCUAUGACAUUACCCAAGGGGAAUUUAGUUGUUAGCUUUGUUCAAGAAAACCACAAGGAUAAGUCGAAGAUCUUCAUGGCUAAAUACUACUGCGUGAGAUUACAUACCAUACUCGGAGUUGCUUUGGCUGCUGGACUUGGGGCGUCAAGAAUGCAUUAUGAGGGGCAACUUCAGAGUCUCCCAACGCACUUCGAUCGUGCCAAGUUUGCGUUCUUCUGA